GGUAUUUAGUGUCCAGCGUCACUAUUUGAUUGUUCGUUCCACGUUCAUCAGGUUAGUACUGAAUAGUAGCACCACUCGCUCCUGUCACUGUUCGUCGUCUUCGCCACCAUGCCAUCGUCCAUGAUAUAUGAGAAUAUAAAUGAAUCCGUCGGCCAGGAGGAUGCCGUGGUAGAGUUCCACGGCAACACGAAGCGCAUGUCGUCAGAUGCGGCCGCUGGAGAACAGCAACGAGAGCGGAAGCGCAAACGUAGAUCAAAGCAUGUGCCCCAAAGAGAUGAUACAUUCGUCGGUGAUCUGCGGCAGUUCAUGAAGGAUCAGCAUUACACUCAGUUUGACAUGGCAGCCAACCUGAGCUGUUCUCAGGCAAAGAUCUCGCAUUUUCUUUGCUGCUACAUGUCGGAGAAGGCUCACAAUAAGAUGGUAAGGUUAGCAAUUCGCUGGAAGGAAACCACCAAUCACUCAUCGGGUCUUGCGGAGCGUGCACGUCGCGCAUACUUAAGUCAGAUGGCACAGCAUCAUGUGAAAGAUUCGGCUUCAAAUGGUGUUAAGCGUCAAUCUUCGUUAACGCAUUCGACUGCCGAACUCGUUCCUGGAACGGCCGACCACCCCAACCGUGUGCAUGGGAAAGACCACCGAGUGGCACAACAAUUCCACUACACUUCCUCUGUGGAUUCAUUAAGAGGCAGUGAUAGCUCGUUAAGUCGAACCUUGUCCGAUGAGUCGAUCGGCAGAAUGUCCGCGUCAGAAUAUUGCAGUAGUAAAAACACGCACAACGGCCGGGACUAUCCUGACGAGGCAUACGAUGAGAACAACGCUCGCACCGACAGCUACAGUCAAUACCUAUGGAAGCGUCGAGAGCGGUCGGAUAGUGGCUUUAUUUCUGAAGACGCGGCCAUCGCACAGCAACAGCAGGAGACCUGUAGACUCGAGUUGGGGUUAAAGAGGAGAGCAGGCUGGUGCUUGUCUUGUAAGAAGGGCAAUGACUGCAUGCGCAGACUGACGGAAGAGGACAUUGCCGUUGCCAAAGGCCUCCUAGCAAUUGCGCGGUCUCCAACCCCAACACAGGAAAUACCAAUCGUACCGAGAAAGCACUCAGUUGAUCAACUGUACACGCGCUCUUCGUUACCCACAUUCUCCGAAGCCCCAGUGCUACGCCGUGCAUCUUCUCCGGUAUACCCAACGUUCAGCGACAAUGCUGAUGUAGAGACUCAUAGCAAACAAUAUGCCCGUGAUCCUAGUGCGUUCAGUACUACUUGGAGUAGUGAUGGCAUCGUCUUCACCACUAGCGUUGGCCAGGCUAUGAACUGCGUUGACCGUGUUUCUAUAGAUAGCGAUUCAUACACCCAUGACCAAUAUGACAUUUGAAAUUGGCCGCAGCAUGCAAGACAAGCAUAUGUGGCUGCCACCUUCUCACCUAUUUUAAAGUAAUAUAUAUGCACCAAGAACUAACAGGGUGCUACCGAAUGAGAUUGCAGACUAAGCUAUUACUCGGUAACGAAUCAUGCAAUCCGGAUCAUUAUAAUAAAAAAUAUUCGAUGCC